CCCCAUGCGCCCACUCCCCGGACCCCGCCGGUGCCGCGGCUUGUAUCGCCUUGGUAACAAUUUCUGCCUUGUGAAGUGACUGUGGGCGUCACUCCAGCCGGACCCCACCCCAGGUAGCUCCUCCCUAGGGCCUCGUGCUUUGUGACUCAGUGGCCCCACGGUGAGUUCUUGACAAGAGGCCACUAGAGAGGGCACGAGCCACCCACAGGGCAGAGGCCACUCCUGGGAUUGGAGCGCUUGCACCUGGGAUUGGAACGCUUUCUCCUGAGUUCCUCCGAACUUUGUGAGCCCAGCCGGUGACCACGUGGAGCCCUCAGGUGCCCGCAGUGUCCCCGAGGGGAGAGAAAACCGGAGAGGGGGGCGUAACUUGGGGACCUGCCUGCCCCAGGAGCUCGGGGUUUCUGACUGCCCCGUACGACUCCAGUAGGAAGGUGGACGCGAGGGCUUCUCGCGCAAGGUCCAGAGCACCCCGGCAGGCUGUAGGUCCGGAUGACCAAGUUACGCCCUGUCUGGAGGAACAGCAGAUAAGGGCUCCACGGAACGGAACGGAACCCGCAGUCACAGCCAGGCCCCGCCUCCUGAUCUCUCCCGAGCCUUGGGAGAACUAGGGAUCCGGACCUCAGGUUCCCAGCACUGAGGGAGGUCUUCACCGCAGCUUCCGCCACACUCAGCAUGGCGGUGGACGUUUGCGCCACUUCCUCCUGGGACCGGAAGUGCAAGGUUCUGCAAGGAUGGCGGUACAGAAGGUGAAACAGGACAUGCCCCCUCCGGGGGGCUACGGCACCAUCGACUACAAACGGAACCUGCCGCGCCGAGGACUGUCGGCAGCAGUACCGGGCAGCCCUGUGCCGGAGCCAAGCUGAAGAGCAAAGGGAAGGACAGGGACAUUGGCCACCCUCAGCAGACCUUGUGCCACCCAAGUCCCAGGUGGACCUCACGUAACAUCACACCGACCGUGGCCACCUACUGGGUGUGAACCAGAGCUGCAGGCUACAGCAUGUUUGCCUUGGGCAUCGGGACCUUGCUCUACGGGUACUGGAACAUGAUAAAGUGGAAUCGUGAGCGCAGGGUCACCUUUGCAUUCCACAGGCGCCUGCAGAUCGAGAACCUGGAGGCCCGGCUUGCGCUCUUGCCCCUGUUGCAGGCUGAGAGGGACCGCAGGGUCCUGCGGAUGCUGAGGGAGAACCUGGAGGAGGAGGCCAUCAUCAUGAAGGACGUGCCCGGCUGGAAGGUGGGCGAGUCCAUGUUCCACACCACUCGCUGGGUGACCCCAGACAUCGGCGAGCUGUAUGCACUGCGCACGCCGGAGGAGGUCAUCAACGCCAGCUAUGGCUUCAUGUGGUUCUCGUUGUAGGGCGCCCGCGCAGGAAAUAAACGUGUGUGCCCGGC